CCCUUCACUUUCUUGGCGUUUGUCUUCUCUCUUUCUCACACAAGAAUCCAGGGAGGCAUAGAUAGAUGACCCCGUUUGGAGGUCCAAUGGCGGAAUGAGCAGACACAUUUUCGAGCUCUUCUUCUCGGAAGGCGGAGAAAAUGGAUCUGCAGGAAGAAGAUACUCAAAACGCGCCGUUUUGCGUUCUCGAUGGGCUCUACUGCGAGGAAGAGAGCGGGUUUGUGGAGGAUCUGGUGGGGACUGAUGGAGAUGGAGAUUCGUGGGAAAGGUCCGAUGAAUGUGUCGAAAAGCCUUCGUUUUUCGCUCUGGUGUUGUCUGAACAGGACAUGUCCUGGGACGAAGAUGAGCUGUCGAGUCUAACUUCGAAGGAAAAGGAAACAAAGCCUUGUUUUUGUGACAAAAUGUUGGAUCAAUUUCUGGUUUUAUGCCGGAAAGAGGCUCUUGAUUGGAUUUUUAGGGUGAAAUCCUAUUAUGGGUUCAGUUCAUUGACGGCGCUUCUUGCAGUCAACUACUUCGAUAGGUUCAUUACAAGCAUAAAGUUUCAGACAGAGAAGCCAUGGAUGUCUCAGCUAGCAGCUGUUGCUUGCUUGUCUCUGGCGGCGAAAGUCGAAGAGAUCCAAGUCCCGUUGCUCUUAGACCUUCAAGUGGAAGAAGCGAGAUACGUCUUCGAGGCAAAAACCAUACAGAGAAUGGAGCUUUUGGUUCUGUCCACUCUUCAGUGGAGGAUGCACCCUGUCACUCCAUUGUCCUUCUUCGAUCAUAUUAUCCGUCGUCUCGGGUCCAAAUCCCAGCUCCACUGUGAGUUCAUGCGGAGGUGUGAGCGUCUGCUUCUCUCUGUCAUUGUUGAUACGAGAUUCAUGAGGUACACAUCUUCAGUGUUAGCUACUGCGAUAAUGAUCUAUGUCAUGAAGGAUUUCAAGCCGUGUGACGAAGCUGAACACCAAUCUCAGCUCAUGAGUCUACUCAAAGUCGAUCAGGAAAAAGCAAAUGAGUGCUAUGAAUUAUUGUUGGACUUCGCUGGAAGCCAUAACCCGAACAAGAGAAGGUUGAAUUUGCCGGUACCAGCAAGUCCAACGGGUGUAUUUGACAUAGCAUUCAGCUCUGAUAGCUCGAAUGACUCGUGGUCGUGGGUCAUGUCAACUGCCUCAGUUUCCUCAUCGCCCGAGCCACUGCUCAAGAGGAGAAGGGUGCAAGAGCAGCAGAUGCGGCUGGCCUCAAUAAACCGUAUGUUUCUCGAUGUUCUUAGUAGUCCUCGCUAGUGUUCUCACCCAUAUGAAUGGGCCGAUUAGAAUGUAACCUGAUUCAAUCCUUCCAUAGCCAUCUUUAUGUCCCCUCGGCUAGCUGGUUAGUUGCCACGCCUCUUUCUACUUUGGACGGUUUGAGCGGUGAACUUUUGGUAUGAAUGAUCCAAAAAAAGAAGAGAUGUUUCUUUUUGUGUUAA